UUUAGACACGCUAACGGAAAUGCUUUCUCUAUUUUAACCCCAAAUAACGAGUUUCUCAUCGUCCUCAUAUGCAGCAGAGGCGAUCAUCUUCUCCCAAAGAAAAAGUACCUGAAAUCGGCCUCUACCAUCAUGUAUGUCUCAGAAUUUUACCCCCGCCAUUCUUCCUCAAGAUUGACGCAUCUUAUUUGCUCUCUCAUGUCGGUCAAAAAUCUGGCAUUGAUGGAUGGGGGAUGUGGAUAUUUUUUGUGGAAGGAAGAUUUGUCAUGCUCAAGGGAGUCAAGGCAGCAACAGAAUGAAGUUGAAACAUGUAUCACUUGUUUAGGACUAAAAUCAUAUGCACUUGAAGAGCUAAGGACAUUGAUUUUAUAUGUGUGAAGCGAUUUAGAAAUGGUAAAAGCGGUUGUCCAGAAUGAAGAAAAAGAAAAUCUAUUUUUGUAGAGAACCUCUCAAGUAUUUGUAAUAGGUUUUUUUGCCACUUUUAUGGUAAAUUGUAAUAGUUGUCCUAAAUGAAUGAUGUAAUCUCUCGUUGAGUACUUGUACUUGUAGACUAUAGUCCUACUAUUCC